CCGUUUUUUUUCUCGCCGUUUGGAGCGCAGAGCGUGCGGAGGAGCACAGGCAGCAGCUGAAGCGUCCCUUCGUUCGCUGCGAUGCGGGAAUAAACACAGAAAUCCGGCCGAAGAGCGCAGUAACAGCGGCGGUCAGCGGGAAGAAACUCUGUCGUUUUCAGCCCAGUGUUUUGUUGCGGACGAAAUAAAGGCUGUUUGGCGUGGAGGAGCGGUGCCUGCGUCAGGGCUGACGGAGGCAGUUCCCCAACAUCUGGAGUCUCCAACGGUCCUUUGUCCAGUCAAGACCAGUGCUGAGGCACUAGAACUACCAGUUGUCGACUCAGAAGCACCCAGGAUUACAAGUGGGCCAGCUAGAGCCAUCACUGUCCAUCCAGAUCUACUAGUUGACCAGUCAGAAGCAUUACUGUCCAGUCUCCCAAUCAUAACCAUCUUUACUCAUCCAGACCUAUCAUUCCUCCAGUCAGAGCCAACUGGUAGAACCAUCACCGUCUGCCCAAGAUUCAUUUGUCCAGGCAGAAGUACCAGUCGUCCAAUCAGAAUCGUUGCUGUGUAGUUGAAGCUGGUCGUUAUCCAAUCAGAAACGGAAGAGAGAUCUGGAGAAAUGGGUGGGGCCAAAGUCCUACUCGUGAUGUUUGUGAUCGGCCUAGAAAGUGGAAUGUGUGUCAACUGGAAUCCAGUCCCACGGAAGACGGUCCGACAUAAUGAAGUGAUCGACAGCAUGGCACGGUUCCGUGCGGUCGGCGUGUGGAACUACACCAUGUUGACCCUGUCAGAACAUGAGAGGGUUCUGUAUGUCGGAGCCAGAGAAACCCUGUUUGCGUUGGACCCCAAUGACAUCAGCAGACAGCUCAGACCCCAGAUUGACUGGCCGGCCCCUGUGGAGAAGAAGAGAGAGUGUGCAGCGAAGGGGAAAAACAACCAGACGGAGUGCUUCAACUACAUCCGUUUCCUGCAGACUUAUGAUCGGACUCAUCUGUACACGUGUGGGACGUAUGCCUUCCAGCCUAAAUGCACCUACAUUAAUUCAGAUCAUUUCACUCUGAACAGCACCGCCCUGGAGGACGGGAAAGGAAAGUGCCCCUAUGACCCUGCCAAGGGGCACACUGGUCUCAUCGUGGAUAAGGAGUUGUACUCUGCCACCCUGAAUAACUUCCUGGGCAACGAGCCGGUCAUCCUGCGCAAUCUUGGACAGCAGCACUACAGCAUGAAGAGCGAAUACCUACCAGCCUGGCUCAACGAGCCGAACUUCGUGGGCUCUGCGCUGGUGAGGGAGAGCAGGAACAGCCGUGAAGGAGACGAUGAUAAGAUUUACUUCUUCUUCAGUGAGAGAGCCGUGGAGCUGGACUGUGACACAGACCUGACUGUAGCUCGAGUAGCACGAGUGUGCAAGGGUGAUUUGGGGGGCACUCGGACGCUGCAGAAGAAGUGGACCACCUUCCAGAAAGCUCGAUUAGUCUGUUCCAUCCCGGAGCGCCACAUUACCUUCAAUAACCUGCGGGCCGUCUUCACUCUGCCUGCUGCUGACUGGAGGAGCACCGUGUUCUACGGGGUUUUCCACGCCCAAUGGGGGGACGUGGAUGUGUCCGCUGUGUGUCAGUACCAGAUAGCGGAGGUGAAGAGUGUGUUCGAGGGCCCAUAUAAGGAGUACCGAGAGUCAUCUCAGAGAUGGGGGCGAUACACGGGCACCGUGCCCAGCCCCCGUCCCGGAGCGUGCAUCACGAACUUUGACCGUGAGAACGGCUAUAACAGCUCGCUGCAGCUGCCCGAUGCCACGCUGAACUUCGCGAAGAAACACCCUCUGAUGGAGACGAGGGCAGAAUCGCGCCCCCUGCUGCUCACUAAGGGAAUUAACUUCACCCGGCUGGCGGUGGACCGAGUCAGCGCACUAGACCAGAGAGCCUACAGCAUGCUGUUCAUUGGAACAGCGGAUGGCUGGCUGCAGCGAGUGGUCAUCCUGGGGUCAGAAGCUCACGUGAUCGAGGAGAUCCAGCUGUUUGAUUCGCCGCAGCCGGUGGACAGCCUGACCAUUUCACACAGCAAGAAGUAUUUAUAUAUAGGCUCUCGGUCAGAGGUUCUGCAGUUGCCCUUGGCUAACUGUAGUCGGUAUCAGUCCCAGCCAGACUGCCUGCUGUCCAGAGAUCCGUACUGCGCCUGGGACAGCGAGGGACGCGCCUGCGUACGGAUCGACCUCCACCGCGGGUCCAUGUCCACACUCACUCAGGACCUCAUGCUGGAGAGGUUUAAAGCCAAAGCCAAGUUUGAAAAGCCAGUCUCCAUCCCCAGCCCUGAGCAUUCCAGGCUGAGGAACGUCACCGUGGUUGUGGGUUCGGAUCUGGUCCUGCCCUGCCAGCUCGUGUCUAACCUGGCUCAGCCGUCCUGGGUGCUGAAUGACCGGGAGCUGACCCUGUCUCCCGAUAAGGACACCGUGGGGCCCCGCUUUGACCGGGCCCUCCGCGCCCUGGUGGUGCCUCAGGCCGGAGCUCAGCAGGCCGGCCGCUACGUCUGCUUCUCCGAGGAGCAGGGGGUGAAGUUCCAGACUGAGCGCUACCAGGUGGCGGUGGUGGCCAGCGCUCCGGUCUUCAUGGAGGUUCGCGCUCCGGACGCCAGCAUGGGGCUCUUCUGGGUUUUGGUGAUCACUCUGGGCGCGGCCUGCCUGCUGCUGCUCAUCAUCUCCCUCUACCUGCGGAGGAGGCUGAAGCUGGCUCUGGGGAAAGGAGCCGAGAUGAAGCCCCUGGAGAGCACGCUGGUGUACCCCAUCACGCUGCCCAAGGAGCCGCCCACUUUCGUGCCCAGCAAGAUGGCCAACGACGAGGACCGCUUCUGGGAGACCGGCGCCAAUUACUAUUACUCCGACGGAUCUUUAAAAAUCGUGCCAGGCCAUGCCAUGUGCCCGACCGCCAGCACGUCCUCACCCAGCGCCAUCCCGGGCCAGCCUCUGCACUCCCCCAGCCGGCUGAGCCUCACCAACAUCCGCAGCUCGACCUCCAACGGCUACGUCCGGCUCAACUUGAGCGUGGGAGGGGAGGAGAGGGGCAGAGGAACCGGAGGGAUGGCCGGAGGAGGGGGUUUGGGAGUGAACGGCCGAGAGAACGAAUAUUCCAGCCCGUUUAAGGAGGAACUGAGGAGGACCCUGCAGCAGAGGAGCGUGCUGCCCGACGCUAAUCCCGAAGAGUCGAGCGUGUAAAGGUCGCAAAUUGACCCCAAAAUAACCUCACCUACCUCCCUCCUUCACGGAGAAACAUCCUCUCCUUCUCUAUCUUCUCUUUUUCCUCUCUCUUUCGCCAUUCGACCCAUUCUCUCUCUCUGCAGACGCUCCGCUAAAGCUGUGUGCUUUAUUUUUUCGUCUUUUUCAACGCUAGUUUGUUUUUUUGCUAACAGCUAACAGCCACAAGCUUCUUCAAACUUAGCGACUUUAAUUCUAGCAUUCAGUGCAUCUUAACAAAGCUGUUUUUUUACACGUUUUAAACGACAUGACGGCAGGUCCGCACCCGAAGCGGGCCGCUAACUAACACAGGUACAGCUUAGCGACUGGAUAACGGACCCCGACGUAGCUGCCAGUCAAGACUGCGUAUGUAGCGGCGCCGCUAGCCGGCAGGUGGAAGAAUACGCACUCGUUUGUCGACGUGGAACACGGCUUUCUGGGUUUAUUUCACUCUUUCGCGAGCGGAGACGGAGAAAGGUGGGGCGAAGAAAUCGGACAAAUCAGAACUUUUUUGCGCUAGACGACAAUCAUGCUUUUCUCUUGGGCAGCAAACCCGAGGAGGAGAAAGUGUGAAAAACAGAAGAGAGGGGAACAAAAACAACGAAGGGAGCUGUAAACGAAAGAAAGAACAAACUGAUACUAACGCAAGAGAAACAAUCAGACUUUCUACACAGCUCGGUUUAAGAUUUUUUUUUUUUUCUUGUUGUCUUUUUUCUUGCAGAAUGUCUUGAGACUCAAAGCACUAAUAUAUUGUGAUGUUUGUAAUUUAAAGACUUUUAAAGACUCUUCUUUUCUGUAAUAUUCAGACUGAUGAGGACGGAAAUGAUGACGCCUGUUGGCUUUGAGUUGGAAUGUGAAAAGAGAUCGGCUCUGUCCCCAAACCAAACCUUUAUUUCACACCCACUGUGUGUGGAAUAGCUUGGGGGGGGGGGCAUAAACCGUAUAUCAUGACUGUACUGGAUGUUUCUACAAGUGCAUUAUUGUGUGCAUUUGGCUGGGGAUACGAGGACAAAAUGCCAAGUGAAACGAACCCAUAGGCGGAGAAAUCUGUGGGUGUUGGAACUUUCUAGAAUGCACACUGCCUGCUAAGCAUGAAUCGCUUUAAAUGAACUGGAUACCAAACGACUUGGAUGGACACAUCCACAAGGAUUAAAAAAGAGAGACGCCUGAUUGGAUGCUUAAGCAGACCCGAGGGUGGAUUUAUAUAGCAGUAACCAAACAGAGGAUGAUCUGACACAGGGUCUCCGUAUCGCAUCCGAAGCUUCAGGCUGGCUCUUGCCGGACGCGGCAGGAGGACGUUUUCUUAUUUAUACUCGGACAAAGGAAGUGAAGGAGAUGGACGUUGGUCAUUUGUGUAACUCCAGCGCCGGAGAGGUACUACCACGGACAGCGUGGGUGUCUACUUUGUUGCAUGAGGUGCUGCAGAGGCACCGUAGCCCACCUUCUCCACAGUCACCACUGCUGAAACGUUCAACUUCAACAGAUCUCAUUCAUGGUUGAAAGUCUUGAAAGAAACAUUGCGAUUUUUUUUUUUUCUUCUUU